UUUCUUCCAGGAUAACCUUGUUCGUGGCUUGAUUAAUGCGUCCUUCACAAAGACGAAUCUGCCUCAUUCCAGCCCAGCUGAAGCACCCCCAGAUCAUCACCGAUCCUCCACCUGGUCGUGGAAUGGUUAGACGGAGACCUGGAGAGGCCUACAAGCCACAGUGUCUCACACCCACUGUGAAAUUUGGUGGAGGAUCAAGGUUAUCCUGGAAGAAAACUUGCUUCCUUCUGCUCUGACAGUGUUCCCCAACUCUGAGGAUUGGUUUUACCAGCAGGAAAUGCUCCAUGCCACACAGUCAGGUCAAUCAAGGUGUGGAUGGAGGACUACUGGAUCAAAACCUGAACCCCAUUGAAAACCUCUGGAAUGUGAUCAAGGGGAAGAUGGAUGGCAACAACCCAUCAAACAAAGCCGAGCUGUUUGAAUUUUUGUGCCAGGAUUGGCAUAAAGUCACCCAACAGCAAUGUGAAAGACUGGUGAAAAUCAGGGUUAUUCCACCAAAUAUUGAUUUCUGACCUCUUCCUAAGAUAAAACAUUAGUAUUGUGUUGUUUAAAAUGAAUAUGAGCUUGUUUUCUUUGCAUUAUUUUAGGUUUUCAGUUUGAUUGAGAAGGGCCAAUGGGGGGAAUUUGGCAAAGACACCAGGGUUAUACCCCUACUCUUUACGAGAAGUGCCCUUGGAUUUUUAAUGACCACAGAGAGUCAGGACCUCGGUUUAACAUCUCAUCCGAAGGAUGGUGCCUUGUUAAAGUAUAGUGUCCCCAUCACUAAACUGGGGCAUUAGGACCCACACAGACUGCAGGUUUAAAUUAGGACAUGGUUAAUUUGCUGCAUGCACAUUCACAACACACUCACGUUGUUGACAGUACAUCAGCCUGAACUCUGACAUUAAGAGAACAACAAGCUGCACUGUGUCUCACAUGAACAGAUGUUGUUUAGAUCUGCAGUUGUCCUGGAGGCGCGCCCUGAACACAUGGAGUGAAGAAUAUUUGAGCAGUUUUUAAAGACAUAAGGCAAUCCCAGAUGUUUCUUUCUUCAGCCACACACAAAUUAAGAUUUUUAGAAGAAUAUCUCAGCACUGUAGGUUCAUACAAUGCAAGUGGAUGGUUACCAAAACUUUGAAGCUCAAAAAAGCACAUAAAGGCAGCAUAAAGUUUCUGGACAUCCGAAAGUUUGAAAGUGCCCCAGAAUUAUGCACAAAAAAUAAAAAUAAAAAAUUAAAAUGACCCCUGACUCCCUAACUUCGGUCCCCCCAGUGAAUCUUGUCCAUUUCCACUACUGCUGAAGAAAACCAAAUGGAGAACGAGGGAAGCCACGACACUCGUUCAUCUCCUCCUUUACCUCCACCAGACAUACACAUAUCUCCUGCAGAUGUGUGUGUGUGCUCUGAGGAGACCCAAGAGAAGACUUCGGUCCAGUCAGAUGGGGUUCAAAUUAAGGUGGACACUGCUCAGCUAGAUGGCACCACCAACACCCCCAAAUUUUCCCCUGCUCCCUCCAACACUAAACUGUGUGGCUACCUCAGCAAGCAGGGAGGACCUCUCAAAGCCUGGAAGUCCCGCUGGUUCACUUACGAGGAGAAGAGCUGUCAGCUGUUUUACUACCGCAUGGCACAGGAUAUCAAUCCACUGGGUAAGGUAGAUCUGUCUCGGGCCACGUUCAGUUACCCACUGCAGGGAGAGGAGGGGACCUUCCAUAUUAUAACACCAGAGCGCACUGUCAUUCUCAAGGCCGCUAACCGUGAUGCCCAGAUGUACUGGCUGCAGCAGCUGCAGUUGAAACGGGUGUUAUACAGGGAGCAGCAUGCUGGACAUCAAUCCCUGCCAAGAGCAGAAAACCAAACACUAGACAGCACACCAUCAGCAAACAACAGCACUGCUGAUUUCUUGCCCAUGGUGAAGACUCCCUCUGGCCUGGUGGGUGAGGAAGCUGCAAGUCUACCUGCACCAGGAGUAAACAACCCUCUCAACAUGUCAAUCAAACACCCGCUGAUUGAGUUGCAGAAUACAAUGUAUAGUCUGCUUCGCCGACAGUCACGGGAAUUUCGUCAGAGUGUUUUCCAUGUGGAUGCUGAUCAUGACCCAAGUGACACCCAAAAAGCACUUUCAUCUAAGACAUCAACUUUGCCUGUCCCCACACCUGGCUCCUCUCAAACACCAGAAUCCUCUAACGGCAGGUGUGAGAGCCUGCACGAAAUCCACCAUGAUCACCGUCUCUACAGCAUGCCACAAAACAGGAAGUGUUGCACAGAAAAAUCCAAACCUCUGGAACUUAAGGAUGCUAAUGCUCUUGAACACACAUCUCGCCUUCAUCAGGAGAAACUCUCACUGGCUGAUGAGGUCAAAGCACAGAAGGAGUUGGUGUUGCUGUUACAUAAGGUGCUGGAAGCUGCCCAGCUGGAGAAGCACACCUGUGCUCAGUUUCUAGCAGCUGAGGGUGAGCAGGAGUGGCUGGAGCUCCUCAGACACGGCGAGCGGCACGUGGCCGAGCUACAAGACCGCGUGGACUCCCUGCAGCUGGAGAACGAGACUCUACAGAGGGACCUGAGUCAGCGGGAUGCCCAUGUUGCUGAGCUCCAGGACAGAGUGCAGCUCCUGAUGCAGAAGAACCAGGCCAAGCAGGAAGUCAUACUGAAGAUAUCUGAGAAGCUGGAAGCCUGUGGCGCCAACCAGCAAUGCACUGAUGGUGUGAAGUCAGAGACAUUUAAACAGUUGACUUUGGAGAAUGAGAAUUUGAAAGAUGAUUUGAAGGCAUAUAAACUUCAGAACAAGUUCCUGAACUCAGAGAUCUACCAGCUGACAACACUCUGGAGGAAAAGCUCAGAGCAGGAGAAAAGUCUGAUACUAAAGUGUGCUGUCCUGGAGGCAAAUAAAUGUCAGAUGGAGAGCAGGUAUCUGGGAAUCCUCCAGAAGCUCCUGGAGAGUGAGAAACUGAAUCCGGAGCAGAGAGAGGCAAUUAAGUCAGUGAUUAAGGAUGUGGCUCAGACAGAUCUGAACACUGCCAUCAAACCAGACCCCAUCAGUGAUUAUGAUGAGUAUGGCUUUAAAAUUGCCAUAGACUACAAAGCUGAGGACCUGAAGCUCCUUGCUAAGAUCCAGGCCCUGGAGGUCCGAUCUCAAAACCUGCUGAACCAGGAGGAAUGUGACGGGCCCUUGUUGGCUCGCUGCACUCAGCUCCUGUUUGGACGUCCUGAAGGGAAGCUUUCCUUAUCACCAGAACUGAAGAGUGUCCUCCGGACCGGCUUACCACGCGAGUACCGCGCCAAGGUGUGGCGUUUUUUGAUACACACUAGAACCAGACUGUUUAGAGAGGGUUGUCCUGACCACUAUCGGGAACUGUGUGAGAAGAGCAGAACCUCACCUCACCUGGUGCCCAGACAGAUUAAGCUGGACCUGGAUCGCACGCUGUCCACCAAUCAACACUUCUCUCCUUCAAGCCCUUUGAUUCCACAGCUGGAGAGAGUGCUGCAGGCCUUCUCAUGGCAAAAUCCCACUGUGGGAUACGUCCAAGGACUCAACAGACUGGCAGCCAUUGCUUUGCUGGUGCUGCAGAAAGAAGAAGACGCCUUCUGGUGUCUGGUAGUGAUUGUGGAGUACAUCAUGCCUCAAGAUUACUACACUAAAGACCUGGUGGGCUGUCAGGCAGAUCAGCAUGUGUUAAAGGACCUCAUGUGGGAAAAGCUGCCUCGACUAAUGGCCCAUCUGGAAGCACAAAGAGUAGACGUGUCACUCAUUACUGUUGAAUGGUUCCUGGUGUUAUUUGUGGAGAAUUUGCCCAGCCGCAUAUUGUUUAAAGUGUGGGACGCCUUCCUCUAUGAGGGCAUCAAGGUGAUAUUCCGGUAUGCACUGGCUCUGUUCAAAUACAGAGAGGAGGACAUCUUAAAGAUCCAUGAUAGUGUCGAGAUAUACCAGUACCUCCGUUUCUUCCCAAAUACCAUUGCAGAUGGAAGGAAGCUUACGAGCAUUGCCUUCAGUGACAUGAACCCACUGCCCAUGAAGCUGCUGCGGAACCGUUGCUCUGUGCAUCUGGAGCACCUCCAUGCAGAGAUGAAAGAGCUGGAGAACUUACAGAAAGCAUACAAAGCUGAACAUGUCCAGUGCAAAAAUAAAGAGCUGGAUACACUGGCUAGUGAAGAUGACGAAGACGUAUAAAACGGCAAACAUAAGCUCUUUAUGCAGCUAAAGCCUUGAAUGCUGAAUGAGAAACACUAAUUAAAGAGAUAGUUCACCCAAAAAUGAAAAUUCUGUUACACUCACACUCCUGUUGUUCCAAACCCAUAUGACUUUCUUUCUAGAUGACACAAUUUUCAUUUUUGGGUGAACCAUUUCUUAAAAACAAUGCACAAAUGAAUUGACAGGAAGGAUCAAUUUUAAAACUUUAUCAGUAGGGGGCAGAAAAAAGCUGCACUGUUCAGUAUUGGGCAUUUUGAGGCCCUACCAAUUUGCACGCACCUCUCAGCAUAUAGUUUGAAGAUGUUGUACUGCACUGCUACUGUAUAUAAGACACGUCAAGUCUGGGAAUCAAGCAUGCUUAUUAUUAUUUAAAGAAAAUCACAUUCAUUUGAUAAAAAUAAACAAUGAGUACCUUUUUUAUAUUUUGAGCAAAGCCUGUUUGAAAAGCUGACACACCUGAAGAAACUGUCAUUACCCCCCCCCCCCCCCCCCCCCACACACACACACACACAUUUUAUUACUUGACAAACAGGAUACAUAUGAAAUCAUAUAUAUAAAAAUCAAACAAAUCAACCAAAACUUAGUUCAGUGUUACAAACAACUUUACUGCAGGUAUAAGAGCUAAUAGCUAAUAUCACACCAGAGGAGUAAACUGAUGUAUUGCCUAUCAAUGACUCUAUCUGAUGACAGAAACAGCCCAUUCCCCUGUGUGACGAGAAGCACUGUUCCCCAAAAUGAACAGGAGAAAUAGACUCACAAUCUCAUCUGGUAAAAAGAAAAACAGUGGCUUGUCACAUAAUAAAGCUAUUAUUCUAUCCGUGUUAAGUCACAUAUAUUCUAAUACCAAACAGUUCACGUUCCUACAAAAUGGCUCAAUGUUUUAGAGAGUUAGAAAAGUCCCAGGUCAGGAGCAUGCAAGUCAUCGAUGUAUGUGUGUGCACAGUGGUUUAUGAGUUUUGCUAGUUUGGCUCUGUCUCUUUCUAAUACGCCUAUAGCUUUAUGUCACAGGUGUUACUGAAACACUUUUAGUGAUUUAUAAAGGAAUGGGAGAAAAAAGGCUGUGACAAAACCAGCCAACCAGUUUUCAACCAGGUAGUACAAUAAAGUUUGUGCACUAUUUAAAUUUGGCAAUAAAAAGUGUAGUUGUGAGCCAAAGCAAAUAUCUGAGGACAACAAGAUCCUGUCCCAGCUAUUACAACACUGGUGUCUACAGUAAUGUAAUUUUCUCAAGCAGUAGUUGCCCUUUUGUUCUGACCCUAAAUUGUUAAUUGUUUUGAGUCGCAAAACACUGAUCUUAGUUCAGCAUGAAAGGGUGAAUCUCAGGAAACCUAUCAAGAACAUGUCUGGGUCCCAUUUCAUCCCAAAAUCAAAAGAAAUACAGAAAUUAGAAUUUAAUUUUGCAUUAAAAUAUUAAGCAUAUUUUAGGACCAAGGAUAUUUUGCAUUGUGCAUUAUUAUUUACAAUACAUGGCAAUUAAGCCCAUAUCCGUAAUGAAAAAAACCCCCCAAAAAACCAAAAAAAAACAUAUUCAUUACUGUAAUGUGAAAAAAAGACUAAUUAAACUAAUUGUACCGAUUCUAAUUGUAUACCACAUGAUAAUAUUUACUGUACUACAUUUAAAUCAUUUCUGUUAUAUAUAUAUAUAUAUAUAUAUAUAUAUAU